UCGGCAGUCGCAACGCAACCGCGCCAAGGAGAGGUCGUGUUACACCACGCGCCGGUUCACAUCACGCUAUAAAUAUUUAAUACACAAACUGAUCAAACGAUAAAUCAACAUUAAUGAGUGAAAAGUAUCAAACUCAACCCUUCACGAGGACUCAUAUCAAACGAUAUACCACGGACUAUUGUGCAGUGAAAUGCUAGGAAGUUUUUCUUCAGCAUACGAGUGUAUCGCGGACUUUGUUUCGGAAAUGGUGAUAUCGACCCACGGGGUGUGUUUAUGAGACGUUUUGUAGUGAAAUGAAAAAUCUGUGAUAAUGUACGCUAUUGCAGCUGUUUUUUGUGCGCUGCUCCAAGUCGGCUGGACUGUGAUGCAAAAUGGCUCGGACAAAUGUGUCCGAGUUGCGGACCGAGGGUCCGAAGGCGGCGUCCUCUGCAGGAUACGGACUCUUGAAGGAGAAGGUGGCAGUAUAUCUUCAGUGACAUCCGACACCAGCCGCUUGACUGUGGAGUGCAACAAUUUGCUUCUGUUUGAAAGUUCGUUACGGGCGCAUUACUUUGCCCCGGUCCAGGGUCUCACUGACCUCUCAAUCAACAACUGCAAGUUACUCGGUGUCCCGGAUAACACAUUUCAAGACUUGAAAAAACUAAAACGAUUAAAGUUACGUUCCAAGAACUUCGAAUGGAGUCCUACUAAGAACUUGGAGCUGUCUUUGAACGCAUUCAAUGGAUUGUCGGAACUCCAGUCGUUGGAUCUCGCUCAAAAUAACAUCAAAUUCGUUCCUUCCGGUGUGUUCUGCGCGCUGGAAAAUCUCAACACACUGAAUUUAACACACAAUAGAAUAAAAACAGUCGGACAGAUUGGAUUUGGGCAAGGAUGCGGCUCGAGCUUACAUAGUCUAGACUUGAGCCAUAACAUGAUUAAAUCAUUGCCUGAAGACUCUGAAUUGCUCAAGUUAAGAAGUUUGCAGCAUCUAUAUCUGCAGCAUAAUAAUAUCACGGACAUAUCAAGCGGAGCUUUCAAUGGGCUUGUGUCAAUGAGAGUUUUGAACAUAUCACACAAUCACUUGCACACAUUACCCGAGGGAAUCUUCGCAAAUGCAAGAGAACUACGAGAAAUAUAUUUAAAUGAUAAUACGCUUUACGAAUUGGCUCGAGGCGUAUUCCACCGUUUAGAGCAACUUAUUGUGUUAGACCUGUCGAGCAACCAACUUACGAGCAACCAUAUUGACGAUGGCACGUUUUUGGGAUUGAUACGGCUGAUCGUAUUGAACCUUUCAAACAACGCUUUGACGAGGAUCGACGGAAAAACAUUCAAGGACUUAUUCUUUCUGCAAAUAUUGAACUUGAAGAAUAACUCGAUCGGAUAUAUUGAAGAUAAUGCAUUCUUGCCGCUUUAUAAUUUGCAUACUUUGAACUUGGCCGAGAAUCGUCUUCACACAAUAGACGAAAAUUUAUUUAACGGUUUAUUUGUUUUAAGUAAAUUGACGCUCAAUAAUAAUUUAUUAGUAAAUAUAGAUAGCAAAGCGUUCAAGAAUUGUUCCGAUUUAAAAGAGUUGGAUCUGAGCUCCAAUCAGUUAAUGGAAGUUCCCGACGCUCUUUGGGAACUUUCGUUUCUGAAAACACUUGAUUUGGGUGAGAAUCAAAUAUCCGACUUUAGAAAUGGUUCUUUCAAGAACUUGAACCAAUUAACUGGAUUAAGACUGAUUGACAACCAAAUUGGGAACUUGAGCGUCGGAAUGUUUUGGGACUUGCCCAGCUUACAAGUACUCAACAUCGCCAAGAACAAGAUCCAGUCAAUCGAACGAGAGACUUUCAAGCGGAACGGACAACUGGAAGCCAUCAGACUCGACGGAAACUUUCUGUCGGACAUUAACGGUGUCUUCUCGACGCUCGCUAGUCUCCUGUGGCUCAACUUAUCGGAAAAUCAUCUAGUGUGGUUCGAUUACGCGUUCGUGCCUACGAAACUUAAGUGGUUGGACAUUCACGGUAACUUUAUCGAACACUUAGGAAAUUACUACAAGUUACAAGAUGAAAUUCAUAUAAAGACAUUAGACGUUAGCCAUAACCGUAUCACCGAGAUAUCGGCGAUGGCGAUACCUAAUAGUGUAGAACUGUUGUUUAUAAAUAAUAACUUUUUAAAUAGUAUCCAUGUGAAUACGUUUUUCGAUAAAAAGAACUUAACGCGUGUGGACAUGUAUGCAAAUGAAAUUGUACAUUUGGAAUUGAAUAGUUUGCGUUUAUCAACAGUGUCGGGAAAUAGGACUCUGCCGGAAUUCUAUAUAGGUGGUAAUCCAUUUCAAUGUGACUGUACAAUGGAGUGGUUGCCCAUUAUAAACAAUAUGACCGCGAUGAGACAAUACCCGCGAGUGAUGGACUUAGAAAACGUUUUGUGUAAGAUGACAAACACCCGUAGCGGUACUCAUGUGCCCCUAACUAACCUUAAGACGUCAGACUUUCUUUGUAAGUAUGAGACACAUUGUUUUGCGAUAUGUCACUGUUGCGACUACGAUGCAUGUGACUGUGAAAUGACUUGCCCGCAAAAUUGCACUUGUUACCACGACCCAUUGUGGAACACAAACGUCGUCGACUGUUCCGGACAAUCGUCCGUUGAAAUACCACAUAAAAUACCGAUGGACGCGACCGAAGUAUUUUUAGAUGGCAACAACAUCCGAGAGCUACAAAACCAUGUUUUCAUUGGUAGACAAAAGAUGAGAUCGUUGUAUGUAAACAACAGCAACGUGGAUAGCAUACAAAAUAGGACAUUCGCCGGAUUGAAUUCGCUGCAAAUACUUCAUCUGGGAAACAACAAACUGAAAGAGUUGAAAGGAUACGAGUUCCAUCAGCUGAGUAAUUUGAAAGAGCUGUUUUUACAAAACAACCUUAUCAGCCAUAUCGCCAACAUAUCAUUCUUAUCUCUUAGAUCUUUAGAAACAUUACGCCUGGAUGGCAACAGACUGGUCGAUUUUGAAGUAUGGAGUUUCAAUGUAACCCCCAAUUUGAAAGCUUUGUCUCUCGGCAAUAAUUUAUGGUCUUGUAAAUGUCGCUACCUGCAAGAAUUAACGGCGUAUUUGGCCGAGAAUGCGCAAAAAAUAAUCGACAUCACCGAUGUAUGGUGUUGGAACGGAGACGCGAAACCGCCACAGAAAAAAGAACUCAACUUAAACGGCACUGCCUGCAGCGAUUAUUAUGCCGAUAAUUCAGUCAUCGGAAACAUGUUGGUGUCGAACUAUGUUCCCAUGAUGGUCUCCACUCUCACCGGUUUUAUGUUAAUUUUAUUGGCGCUCAUCGUACUAUUUCUUUUUAGAGACACGCUCAGACUAUGGUUGUACACGACUUGUGGCAUAAGAGUAUUUUCAUUUGCGGGAAGCUUCGAGGAGAGCCAAAAACUAUACGACGCCUACGUUUGUUACAGCCCUAAAGAUGAAGAAUCGAUCGUGCAAUCGUUAGUAAACGAGUUCGAAAAUGGAACUCAAUCGUACAAUCUUUGCCUUCAUUACCGCGAUGUUGCGCAUCAUGGCGCUCAAUACUUACCAUGCGCGCCGCCUGUCGUCGAGACCGCCGAGGCAUCCAAGCGAAUAAUCAUCGUACUAACGAGAAAUUUCAUGCAAACAGAAUGGUCCCGAUACGAAAUCCGACAACGAUUGCACGAGGCGCUCAAAGGCUGUAUUUAUAAGUUAGUUUUAAUAGAAGAGAGUUCUGUGGUGGAGGACGCGAUGUGCGAUCCCGAUUUGAGACCAUACCUAAAGACGGGAUCGAGAUUGAGGUGGGGCGAGAAGCGGUUUUGGGAGCGCCUCAGGUAUAUGAUGCCGGAAUUAUCGGGACAUAGCCAUAAGGCGCGAUCUCAUAGUUAUAGAAAAAGUAUCAACACAUACACGUUAGACUCCUCCGUGCCUAAUGGAGCGAACGUGGCGCCGUUUCCUGACAAAUCGCCGGUGCUAGGAAGCGCUGUUCAGGGCGUCAGCGCUCCGCCAGAGUACACCACCGAGGUCCGGCAGUCGCCGUCCGUGGUGAGACAGACGCAGGGCGUGAUGUACGGGCCGGACGGCCGGCCGAUAUCAGACCACAUCUACUCGUCGAUAGAUUCCGAUUACUCGUCGUUGGAGCACGGCAUGGCGCCGGGCAGGCGGCGCGACAUGCGCCAGUGGCCCACACCGCCCCCCGUCGUCGACGCUACCAACGCCGUACAAGGCUACCUAGUCUAGGGGUGUAAAUGUAAUCCCAACUUCCAGUCAAAUUGUAAAUAGCAUAGUUUAUUAGAAAUGCUGUAAAUAUUGUAAUUAUUAGUUAGUAAGUGCUAUACCAAAUCUAUGUAAUUGAAUUAUUAUUGCCUGUUCGUUAUCCUGUGUAUAGAACGAUAAAAAUUUAAAGACUGCUGUAGCAUAUUAUUGUAAAUAGAAAAAAAAACAAGUGAUCAUACUAUAUUAUUACUAGUACAAU